CGCCGCCGGGGACCCCCCUCCGGACGCGCGCGGAGUCAGAAGGGUGCGCGCGGCUUAGGCGGCGCGGUGGGAGGUGCGCCAUGCCGGGCAUGGUGCUGUUCGGCCGGCGCUGGUCCCUAGCCAGCGACGACCUGGUGUUCCCCGGGUCCUUUGAGCUGUUCCUGCGUGUGCUGUGGUGGAUUGCCAGUCUGACGUUGUAUCUCACGCACAGAAGGAGGCUGGACUGUCCCGGUGGAGUCUUGCUCAGCACAUACCUGAUAGUCCUCCUUGUUCUCCUGGCAGUUAUUAUAUGCACCGUGUUGGCCAUUGUGUGUGUCAGCAUGAGAGGAACCAUUUGUAACCCUGGACCUCGGAAGUCUAUGUCUAAGCUGCUUUAUAUCCGCCUGGCGCUCUUCCUGCCAGAGAUGGUCUGGGCUUCUCUGGGGGCCGCCUGGGUGGCAAAAGGUAUCCAGUGUGACAGGACAGUUGUCAUUGGCAUCAUCGCCACCGUCAUUGUCAGCUGGAUUGUCAUUGCUGCCACCAUGGUCACCAUCAUCUUUGUCUUUGACCCGCUGGGCGGGAAGAUGGCUCCGUAUCCCCCGUGCAUCCCCGAGCACCUGGACAGUAACAGCUCGAACCGGUUAUUGACCGGCCUGAAGACGGCUGCGAAGAGCGUGUGGGAGACCCGGGUGCAGUGCUGCUGCUUCUGCGUUGGGCAGGAUGACAACACCAGGGUGGCGUUCUCCAGCACCGCCGACCUGUUCUCCACCUACUUCUCUGACACAGACCUGGUGCCCAGUGACAUUGCAGCAGGCUUCACCCUUCUCCACCAGCAACAGGACAAUAUCAGCCACAGCCGGGAGCCUCCGGAGGUCGUGACCCACACGCCAGGACAGCCUCAGGAAACUGAGUUAGAUGCAGAAGUGGAGAACUGCCAUCACUACAUGCCGUUUGCAGCAGCUGCCUAUGGGUGGCCGCUCUACAUCUACAGGAACCCGUUCACGGGGCUGUGCAGGAUCGGCGGCGACUGUUGCAGAGCCAGAGACAUAGAGUACGAUGCAGUGGAAGGUGACCAACACAACUGCCACUUCGCCUCCAUCUUGAAGACCACAGGGCUGCAGUAUAGGGACUUCAUUCACAUAAGCUUUCACGACAAGGUGUACGAGCUGCCCUUCAUAGUGGUUCUGGACCACAGGAAGGAGUCUGUUGUGGUCGCCGUGAGAGGAACCAUGUCUCUCCAGGACGUCCUGACCGACCUGUCUGCGGAGAGUGAGAACCUGGAGCUGGGGAUUGAGCUACAGGACUGUAUGGCCCACAAGGGAAUUGCUCAAGCGGCCAGAUACAUUCACCGCAGACUGGUCAAUGAUGGGAUUCUGAGCCAAGCCUUCAGCGUCGCUCCGGAGUACCAGCUCGUUCUGGUGGGGCACAGCCUGGGAGCCGGUGCUGCGGCCCUGUUAGCCAUCAUGCUCCGGGGGGCCUACCCACAAGUCCGUGCUUACGCCUUCUCCCCACCCAGGGGGCUGCUCAGCAAAUCCCUUUCCGAGUACUCCAAGGACUUCGUUGUGUCGCUUAUCCUAGGAAUGGAUGUGAUCCCCAGGUUAAGUGUGACCAACAUGGAGGACCUCAAGAGGAGGAUCCUGCGAGUGAUCGCUAACUGCAAUAAGCCAAAGUACAAGAUCUUGCUGCAUGGCUGUUGGUACGGACUGUUUGGAGGCAGCCCUGAGAACUUUCCAACCGAACUGGAUGAGGGUAACCAGGGGGCCCUGACUCAGCCUCUUCUUGGGGAGCAGACUCUUCUAACGCGAUACUCCCCAGGCUACUGCUCCAGCGACUCCCCUCUGGACUCCCCCAAGUACCCGACUCUGUACCCGCCUGGCAGGAUCAUCCACCUGGAAGAGGAGGGUGGUCCAGGGAGGUUUGGCUGCUGUUCUGCUGCUCACUACAGAGCGAGGUGGGCACAGGAAGCAGAGUUCAGUAAGAUCCUGAUAGGCCCAAAGAUGCUCACUGACCACAUGCCUGACAUCGUGAUCCGGGCCCUGGACAGAGUGCUCGCCGACAGAACAGCCUGUGUCUCCUGCCCAGGGCAAGGCGGCCCCACUGUACCUUAGCUCUNCAGGACCCUGACCAGCACAACGGACUGGUGGUUUGGGGAGGUUCUUUUGUUGUUGCUUUUGUUUGUUUGUUUUGUUUAUUNACUGUGAGCGGCUUCUGUGAGGCUGGUAUGGUGGUACCUGUCCAUCAACAGUUACCUGAGGGGUCCCGGCAGAAAUGGACACCAAUAUGACCAUACAAUUUAUUACAAGCUUU